AGCUCUGGAACCAUUAACAGAGGCUCAGCGGCGCGGCGGACCGGUUUAGCGGGAGGACAGGAAGGGGACAGAGUCACAUUGAGCUGAGGAGGCAGUGGUGCGCAGCUUUAAGAUAAGAGCGCACCAGUACAGGACCUGGUCAUGAUCAUCUCAAGAAUGAUCCCCCGCCUCAGUGUGCUCUGCAGGUUUUCUGGUUCUCAUCAGUACCAGUGCAAGGUGCUCUGCAGUGCUGUGCAGCAUUGCCAGUCUACCAGAUAUGUUACUAAGCAUACCCAGAGAUACUCCACUUCAGCUGCUGGCAACAAGCAGCCCCCUAGUAUAUGGACAGUGCUAGAGCCUGAAUUAGAGGAGGCCCUCGUUCCCCGGAAACUAGCAGUUUCUCCUUUAGAAAGCUGGCUUUCACUACGCUACUCACUACCUUCACUUCUGGAGGCCCCUGUGCCCCUGGAGGAAGGGGAGCUGAUAGAGGAAGCCGUGGUAUUGCCCCCUUCUGCUGUGCCCGUGCUGGAGGAUGGCGAGAGCUCCACGCCUCUGAGCUGUAAAAAUGUACUCGAGAUUCGGCGCAGGAAGAUGAACAGACACAAGUACAAGAAGCUGCUGAAACGAACAAAGUUCCUGAGGAGGAGGGUGUUGGAUGGCAGACGGAAGAGAAAGCAGGCUAGGUUUGAGAAGGACCUAAUCAGAAUCUGGAAACGCGCUGGACUGAAAAAGGAACCGGAGGGCUGGACCACACCCAAAAUAUACCUCAAACAUCAUCAGCCCAAGAGCUGAUCACUGAGAGGAUGAAGCGGCGUUGUGUAAAAUUAUUUGCUCAGAUCUGGAUCAGAAAUGUGUGAAUGGACUCAAUAAAUGUAUUGACUUUAUAUAAUGUUAUGAUUGAAAUAAACAUAUAUUUCAGCACCA